AUGCCGCCGCGGCGGUGUCGCUCAUUGAUGCGCCUUACAGAGCAGUUCGCUGCUGCCGCCGCUGCUUUUGCUGCUGCUGCUGCCGCUGCUGCUGCUGCUGACGACGGCAUUAUGAGCAAGCAGUUGUUCUCGUCCAAGGCGGAUAGUCGAGUGAUCGGUAACGGCUCGUUUGGUGUGGUCUAUCUCGCCAAACUCACCGACACCAAUGAACUUGUCGCAAUCAAAAAAGUGCUCCAGGAUAAACGAUUUAAGAACCGCGAGCUGCAGAUUAUGCGUAAGCUCGAGCACCAGAACAUCGUGAAGUUGAAAUAUUUCUUUUAUUCUAGUGGCGAAAAGAAGGAUGAUCUGUUCUUGAAUCUGAUCCUCGAAUACAUCCCGGAAACCUUGUAUAUGUACCAGUUAUUCCGGGCACUGGCUUACAUACACAGCAUGGGGGUAUGCCAUCGAGACAUUAAGCCGCAGAAUUUGCUGCUGGAUCCGGAUUCAGCGGUGCUGAAGCUUUGUGACUUCGGUUCAGCAAAGCAUCUUGUCAGAGGGGAACCGAAUGUUUCCUAUAUCUGUUCACGGUAUUUUUACGAAGUUUCAGAUGUUUGGUCAGCAGGGACUGUGCUCGCGGAACUGCUUCUGGGGCAGCCGAUCUUUCCCGGAGACUCUGGAGUGGAUCAGCUCGUGGAGAUAAUCAAAGUGUUAGGCACACCCACGCGUGAUCAGAUUCAGCAAAUGAAUCCGAAUUACACAGAUUUCAGAUUUCCCCAAAUCAGGGCCAAUCCCUGGCAACGUGUUUUCCGUCCUCGUACGCCUCCAGAAGCAGUUGAUCUCGUUUCGCGUCUUCUGGAAUACACACCAAGUGCUCGGCUCUCACCACUUCAGGCAUGUGCUCAUGCAUUUUUUGAUGAGCUGCGCCAUCCCGAUUGUAAGUUACCAAAUGGCCGACCAGUGCCGCCAAUUUUCGAUUUCUCGGAUCAGGAGCUACGCAUCGAACCGAAUCUCAAUGCUGCCCUUUUGCCACCGAAUUCUGUUCGAGGUUCGUUGUCGUUUCUACAGUCUUGCCAUAAGUCAGAAGGCGCAUUGUGGCAAGAUCAUGAUUCCCUAUACAUAUAUGCAUCGGCAUGCUUGUCUUUCGAAAUACUUGAACAUUAA